AUGCAGUACGAUCCGGAGAUGAGGAAUAAAUCUAUGUUCUCCGUCAAAGACAUCUUCCGUUGUACCAUGAGAUCCACUGUGACGACCUGCUUCUCCUUCAACUGUCUCGAAGUGAUGCGGCCCACGUACUUCCGGCCUCCUGGAUCGCAGUGCUAUACCGUCGACGCCAUCCAGUGGUCAGAUGACGAUCAUCGUUUCAAGAAGUGCACGAUGCCAUGGACAUGGGGUUCGAUGGCUUAUACGGUUUCUGUAGCCCAGCAAACAGUCGAGCGACUGCCACCACCGUUCGCGUCGAAAUGCACAGACUAUCUAUCCCGAGGGAAAAAAAGUCAUUUCUUGGGAUACCUCACUCAAGAUCUUUGCGUUCAAGAGUGCGUCGUGGAGGAGGAAUACAAAACAUGCGACUGCAUAAGGAAUACCCACGAAUUCGGCGGAUUUUUCCCGUAUAAAACAUGUGUAGUCGAGGAAAUCAUCGCCUGUGAUAAAAUACUGAGCAACAUGACAUUGCCGAUGUGCAUGAAGAAAUGUGGGCCGCCGUGCAGCGAAACCACCUAUGACGUUCGUUUGACGAGCCUUGGCGAAGACAAGCAGGAGAAAGGUCGGGAAUCUUUCUCAGUGUCAGUGAAAUUUUCUUCGGACUCCCAGAAGAUUUUCCAGUAUCAGCCAAAAUUAAGCUUGAUAGAGGCCUUCGGAUACAUGGGAGGAUAUAUCGGAAUGUGGCUCGGGCUGUCGCUCUUCAAGCUGAUCACCGACGCUGAAAGAUGGAUAAGGAAGUACCUCCUGGAGAGAGCCAUUCAGAAGGCCAAGGAGAAAGUUAUCGGCAACAGUAAUUACGGCGGCACCGGAGACAACAAUGAUACCGAUGAUGUCAACAACGAGAAGUUAGGAUCGAUAUCGGACAAGAAAAACGUCUACACGAAGACCACGGGUUACGGUCCCAUUAUAAUCCAUGUUCAAUACCGUCCAACAUCAUAA